UUUUUAAAUACUGGUGACCAAAAUGUCCCUACCGAGAUGGCGUGUCUCUGGGAGCAACAAAAACACCUUCUACAAUGCAAAAGCAAAAACGGUUACUGGUCGCAUCCAAAAGUUAUGCGGCUUUGCCUGGAUCUUUACUCCCGAAACCCUGAUAUACCCUCAAUAAGGCUUUAUAAAAACAAAGUCAAGGAGGCAGUUGGUUGGAACCCAGAGGUUUUGAGAUGGUGCCUUAAUGCAGCCAAGGAAAGUGGAGUGAAAGAAGCAGAUUAUGCGGGUGGUUUAGUCAUUGACGAAAUGAAGAUUCAGGUAAAAAAUUGUCAGGAGAAUUUAGAGAUGACCAACAUUGGUGGCAAACACAAGCUUGUUGGUUUUGUUGACCUUGGAUAAGGUCAUGAGCUCAUGACAGCUCUAUCAGGAAAAGGUGAUGAACCAGAACUUGCUACUCCUGUGCUGCAGUUCAUUUAUGUCAGUGACAAUGGGUUUAGGUUUCCUGUUGCACAAUUCCCGUCCAAAGAUUGCACUCCAAGCAGUUUGUACUUCUGUUUCUGGGUUGGGGUCCUGGCAAUGUUGGAGAUUGGAUUUGAGGUAUACUGGUGCAUCUUAGAUGGGGCAGAAUGUGACAGGCAGUUCAUAAAACUGCACUACAAGGACAAAAACCCAGUUGAGACCAAAUUUGUAGCAAGGAACUUCUACACUGGAGGGUCAAUGAUUUUGAUGAUGGAUCCAAAGCAUAACAUCAAGAAAAUAAGGAAUAAUAUUGAAAAAAGCAACCAGAGAGGCCAGCCGAGGUGUUUAAAAGUUAAUGGACAACAAAUCACUUGGGAUCAAUUCAAAAGUGCAUUUAACUGGGACCAGGAAAGUUUCUCCCUCCCACUGCACUAUAACCUCACAUUACAGCAUUUUGAGCUUGACCCAGCCAGUAAAAUGAGGAAUAAGCUUGCAGAAGAUGUGCUUGACUCCAAGAUGCUAUUUCUCAUGUAGAAAUACCAGGAACAUAUUACAACCAGUACUGGAGAAGAUGAGUCUGCCCUGGAUUCUGUUAGAUCUCUUUUAGAGCACACUUGUGAACUUGUCAACCUAUUUAAUGACAGGAUUUAAUGAUUAAUGACAGGACUUUACAAAUGAUUCAAGACUGGAGAAGCUUAACAACUUUUAUAGUUGGAUGUGUCACUGGGAAGAAAGCACUGGAGAAAACAACAAAGAAUUUAUCUCAAGCAAAUUAUGGUUUGAUUUACAAUCCAUGUGCCUUGGUUUCCAGUCACUGGUCCACUACAAAUUAUGCAGGUUUCUCAGCUCAGAAAUUAAACCUUCCAUUGUGAAUUAAGACUGUGUGGAGAACCACUUCUGUCAAAUUUAUUCAUGUAACGGUCAAAAUGACAAUCCUACUUUCUUACAGCAACAGUCUUCACCAAAUUCAAUUAGGCUGAGGCAAACCACAAUUAGCCCUAAACGUAAUGCAUUUUGUAACAGUACCUGUAUAGAUCAGAGGCCAUCACUUCCAAGUUAAAAAAACACUUAAUCUCUGGGGGCUAAGUAGAGUCAUGCUGAUAGGUGCAGAAAAUUUUUUAGUUCGUGUUGUAACAGGCCUUUUUUUGGCUAAGGAUCAAUUCACUAUGUUGAAGGGCAGUUAUAUGGCUGUGAUAACAUGAUUUAAUAAUGUUAGAUUAUUUGAAAUGUGAAAUCUCAGCCCUUGCAGGAUAAUAUUUUUUUUCCGUUGGAAUUUUUGAACAAAUUGAUGCAUUUGCUUCUUCCCUGGCUGUAGCUUAAGGUUCCCAUAGGCAUGGCAAUUCUUUCACAUGAAAAUACAAAAAUUAAAGUUGUUGUAAAUACCAGUAGUUUGUUUAUUAGCCCGCCUUAUAUAUAACUACUGAAGCACACCUGUGUGUAGGGUGUGUAUGACCAGUAGAAUUCUUA